CUAACCUUCCAAUAUACCUCUCGCUCUGGUGUUACGCGUCCAGCCUGCCCCAGAUUUCCCCCAAUUCAGGAGCCCGAUGUGCCGCUAACUAGCGUUCGUUGAAGGGACCCUCUUUCUAUUUCUGUUCCCUGAGAAAAACCUACAAGGCCAUCCCCCCCUGGCGAUCCUUCCACAAAUCAACCCAGUCUCCCCCAGCCAAGAACUGCUAUUUUCACGCAGUAGUUCAUCAGUAAUGUCGUUUUCCAGUCGCCAUGUCCCCUGACACCAGCUCAACCGCUUCUGGCGGCUCAAAAUCAAAGCAGGAGCGUAUUCGUGAUAAUCAAAGACGAAGUCGGGCACGUCGACAGGAAUACGUGUCCGAAUUGGAGCGACGACUGCACGACUCCCAUGUCACCUGCCGAGAGGCCGAGUUGCAACGGACCGCCUUGGCUGACCUGCAGAUGGAGAACACUCGAUUGAGAGCUCUUCUCAGAGUCGUCGGAGUCACUUCCGACGUUAUCGAGAGUUUUGGUCGCGAGAAUAUGACUCAACGUACUAUUGAAGCCACCGCGGCGAGACUCCGACUCCUGAAGCCCAAAAUCCAGUCCAUCGACGCACCAAGUCUCCCGGCAGAAUAUGGGACUCUUUUUCGAGACGAACCCCAACCUUUCAAUCCUUCCUCUACCUCCACCAGGCCGCUGAACGUUACCAGCGGCUCCAGCGAUUGCAAUCAAGCUUAUAACGUCCAAUACCGGCAUGUUCCAAUGAAUUCAUUUUCCUUUCCCGACUCACAGUUCAAUACGCCGGCCCUUGCAGACUGGACGACCAGUGAUGAGAAUCACGAUUAUUCCCAGAUUAACGGGACCAAUUUUUGCUGCAAUGCCUUCCAAAUGCCUGCCAACGGGCCCCUCCUCUCAGACACCUCAAACACUGUAUCGUGCACAAUGGCCAAGGGGUUGAUUGAACAGUAUAAUCCCUCCGCAGCCGAGAUGGACGAGAUCGAGGACAGAUUAUCUACUGCAUUCAGCAGAUCUCCAUUCCCAGGCCAAGUCUGUCGUGUGAAUAGCCAGGUGUUGUCUGGAAUAGUGAAUAACCUGAGUGCAAAACAAAUGGGCAGAUGACGACGACAUGGCGACCAACAGUCGAUCUCAGGAUGACACCUCUAGGCCUCCCAUCGCUGCCGCCGGCCAUACCACUUGACAAGAUAAACCAGGCCGAUUAGGACCGGGACUUCGAUCAGUGGGCCAACAGUGGCGGCCAAAGCUUGAUCACUGUCCACACCAAAGGUGGCGAUUGCCACGGCGAUUGCCAACUCAAAGUUGUUGCUUGCAGCGGUGAAGCUCUGCGUACAAGCCAGUUUGUAACCAAAUCCGAGUCUCCUGGUCACCCAGAGUGUACAUAUGAAGAUGAUAGUAAAGUAUACCAACAACGGAGCAGCGACUCUGACGACAGAGACAAUUUGGUGCACCACGCGCCGACCUUGAGAUCCAAAGAGGACAAUGAUAGUAAAGAGGAGGCCGAUCAGGGACCAAGGCCCAAUCCACUUCAAGAAUUUGGUAUCAUACCACACCUCGCUGCACAAAGACCUCAAUGUGAGUCUUGUCAGUAUGGCGGCCCCAAGGGGAAUGCCCAAAAAGACGCCCACGCUUUUGGCAACAACUCCAUAUUCAAUCUGGAUGUCGUGCGAAGAGUGACUUAUGACUUUGAUGAACAGCAGAGCCAAGGGCGCGAACAAGGCCAUUUGCAAGACGGAAUUGAUGGCCACUAAAAUGGCACAAUACUCGUUAUCACCGCCAGCUAGGCCAGUCCAGAUCAGAACCAUGGCGAUACAGCGAGCGAUGCCCACUAGUAUCAGGCCUUCGCGGAGGGCUGGUUCGUCUGGAAGGAAUGCCCAAGCAAGAGCGAGCUUGAUUCUGUCAGUUUGCAGAACGGACGUGUAGGCUCAUUGAACAUACCAUCAACAGUGGUGCCACGAUCCAGUUGACGAGGAUGCUGAAAGCAACCUGGAUCCAGAGUGACUUGUGGCGGAACGCUUGAUGCAGUGAUUCGAAGCGAACUUUACACAGAAUUGGAUACAUCAUAACAAGGAGGCCAAUUGCUGCUCAAAGUCAGAUACCGUUCUAUUGCACUGUCGUCAUUGCAUACCUAUGGGGACCGAAACUCCAACAAAUUCACCUCUUUGUAAAGCUGGGCCAGUGUUGGGAACAAAGUUGCCCAGGAGGAUGCCGACGACCAUAGCUAGAAAUAUCCAGAGAGCUAGGAAUUGAUCGAGUAUACCGAGACUUUUGAAUGCCGAAGCGUGAAGGUCGUUCCCCGGUGAGGUGACAGUUUGUUCCUCCAUAGACCUUGGUGAAGUGUUGGCAGAAGCAUCAGGGGCGACAGUGGCUUGUUUCUCUCCCACUUCCAUCUUGUGCAAUUGCUGUUGGUAAGAAGGCGUAUGAAUUUGUGUGACAUAGAGAAAGCAUCACCCAGGAUUGAACAGAAAUAGGAGCAUAUUGGGUGGGCGCUGAGAAUUUUCAGGACCUUGGCCAAUGAGAGGGUGGCCGUGACACACCGACGUUUUUGGAGUGAUUGGCGGCAUUCUGAAAGUGCCUACUGAGUACUUACCUCACUGUUGGAGGUGCCAAAGGUGCAGAGGGGCCGAUGGCCUGCCUUGGUUGACUUUGGCACAUGGCUGUCCCAAGUUCGACCGCCAGGUUCUUACCUUAGGUAUCUAGGUAAGGUACCUAGUACGUAUGGCAUCGAAGCGCCCAAGCUCCAAGGACCUACCUGACUACCAUGAAUUCCUCAUGUCAGAUUCACGUCAAAGAUACCUAGUACUUAAAGUUGAACCUCAUAGAAAAAGGUACUAAGUACUAGUUAGUGUUCAAACCGACCAAGUCCUUGGGUCAGAAUCUGCGGCUCAAAGUGACAAUGCAACGGCACGGUUCAUGGGUGGUUGAGGAUGAAUGCCGAAGGGCAAGCUCAAGACCCAGGUACUAAAUACAGUCGGUAGGUCGUUUGGUGGUUGGCCACCUCUACAAGGUGUUGGUACGAGAUCUAGGGCUGGAUUGCUUAACUGGGUAGAUGUACUGUACGUUGCCCGAUGGCCCCUCGGCCCAUCGACCUUCAACUUUAUGCAGGCUCGAACGGCCGAGGGGCCAUGACCACCUGACACCGUCUCGGACAUUCGCCAACCUUGGCUCUGGUCUUUCACACGCGUCCUGGCUUGUUGUUGGGUUGGAACGAUUGGUCAACCAAAGCCUGGGAGGCUCCAAAGGUGCAGGCCUGUAGACCCGAGGGCGGUAAACCGCAGGGGGCCAGCUUCCCCCAUAGUUGCCUCCCCGCACCACCAACUGCAGGUCACAGUAAGGACCUACUGCAAGUUAUUCUUUCAUUCAAUUUGCAGCGUCUUGUGACCUCCCAUCCUCCAACAUCCAUCCCACCCAAGACCUUAGCAGUCUCCAGCGAGCAGGUCAAAACCAAUGCUUGCUCCAUGAUGGUUUUAGUAUGGAUAUCAAGACCACAUCCUUCUGCAGCAUUUACACCAGAGGUGGAUCACUCGUCAGGAACCGAGGCCAAGAAUGACCUCAUCAGGUCAUCCUCACAAGACGCUGUACGCAUCCACUGUAGCUACAGUCACAGUGCUUAGGCACUUAAGUUAGCUGGAACAUCCACUCCUACCGAGCUGCAACAUCCCCACAAUCCUC